AUGGAUUCUGACGAUUCUGACGGAUCUGGCCGUUCCACGGGCUCGGCGAAGUCGUGUAUCUUUGCCCUGCUGCCCGAGGACCUCGCCGCCGCCUGCACUGCCGACUGUACGCCGGAGCAAUGUGAUAAUGCCACUGUUCGGCCCCGCGAGCCUCCGGAGGUUGAGCCCGGUAUCCCUGGGAAGUACACGAGGAUGGGCUGCCUCGAGUGCGAUCACUCGAUGGGAUACCGCAAUCUCCAGGAAGACAGAAGACGGCAAGGAAGCUAA